CAACAUUUCAAGCAAGCGCACACUCUUCGGAUGACUCUGCACAUAAAGACUCAGAUUUCCUUUUACCGCCCGUCAGAUAUUUGACUCCUCAGCCGCUAGGACAAUCACCUAAUACAAUACAGAGCUCACAGCGACCUACGUUCUUUCCCAAACUCCCCUCCUUCCUCUUCUCGCGCAGAUGUACACGGUUCCCCUCCAGAAUCCGAAUGCUGACAUUCAUAAUAACUUGGAUUACGUUCUUCUCCAGUGUUUCCUUCGCACUUGACUCCUUGCAGCAGGCUGUUACAUUGCCCCUGCCUUCUAACUGCUCUCCCUCACCGCCGCGGCAGGUCACUACUCACGGACAUUCACCCAAAUAUUCACGCGAGAACGAGAACGAGAACGAGAACGAUCGCCAUCACAUUUCAAACUUACAUCUUUUUCAGUUUCGACUACCCACCAACCAAUCAUCUGCUACAACCUUCAAAGCCCACCUAUGCUACCUAUGGAUCGCUCGUGCAUUGCCGCUAAUUUUCGAUGUUCAUCUUGCCCCGAGUCUAGUAUACCUCGUGCAUUUUUCUCGUUGUAGUCCAAGUCUCACACAUCCAUUUGCAGCACAACGAUGCUGACGAUGGCUUGAUUCGUGAUGAAGAUUAUGUUCCUCAUCCAUCCAAUUCGCAACCGAUAGCCACAGGGCAGCUCAUGGCUAGAGGGCAUGGAAGUCGCCAGUUGU